UCCCGCAGAUUAGAACUCGCCUCUCCUAGCUCCUCCCCUCAGUCCCAUUUAAAGCUCCCAGGGCUUUCCGAAAAAUUGAAGGCUCAGUUUCUGCAGCGCCUUCUUCCACUGCAAGAUGAACACUGUUCUGCCUUGCCAAGACCAGUACUUUGUAGGAGGUCAGAGUUAUAAUUGCCCGUAUUCCACUACAACGUCAGAAUCUAGUGUUGACGUUUCCACGGAGACUUGGGUCUCUUUCUGGGCUGCUGAUCUCCUGGACAACAGAGAGCCCCAACAAGCACCACAGGCACUGGAAUCAUCCUGUGACUCCAGUUUCUCUGCUCCUAACUCUUGUUCAUGGGAAGAAGCUCAGCUUUCCUCUCAGCUCUACAGAAACAAGCAGCUCCAAGAUACUCUGGUGCAGAAGGAAGAAGAACUUGCUAGGUUACAUGAAGAGAAUAAUCAUCUCAGACAAUACCUGAAUUCUGCUUUGGUUAAAUGUCUUGAGGAAAAGGCCAAGAAAUUGCUGUCAUCAGAUGAGUUCUCCAAAGCAUUUGGACAAUUCAGAAAGGGAAAGAGGAAACCCAAAGAGCAAAGAUACUUUCCUCCUGAGAUCCCCCACCACAAAAAUGCCAAGAGAAACCUCUCUAGUGAAUUUGCUAACUGUGAAGGACAGCCUGGGCCCCCUGUGGACCCUUGGGUUCUUCAGACCCUUGGGUUAAAAGACCUCAACACCAUCGAUGACACUUUAUCAGCUAACUACAGUGCCCACUCCUCUCAUCCCAGAAGAAUUGCCAGCACAUUUCCUCCAUUUCUGGAUGAUGCAGUUGAUUAUGAAAAUGUCCCCAGGGAGGAUCUGCCAAUUGACUAUGGAGGCGACCCAGCAACCCCCUCACAUAGCACUGCUGGGCACAGGGAAGAUUUUCACUUCCUUUCUCAACUUUCAAAUCCCCCAGGAGGGCUUCAAACUUCUCCUUACUAUACUUCUGAUGUGUCACCCAAUAAAACAGAGAUGGCCUUUUCCACAUCCCUGAGCCCUCACUGUAAUGUGAAAACUCAUUCCUUCCACCAGGGACAAGCCUUUGUUUGUCGAGAUGAGGAGGGAGGCUGGAAGUUUACCUGGGUCCCUAAGCAGUCUUAGUGACCUCCCUUCUAUCAUGAAAGACUGCCAUAAACUCUGUUUACAAAGACCUCUCUUGCACUUGAACCUGACUAUUUGGAACACAGAAGCUUUUGCCCUGACUGUCUCCUGCCACUUUAAAUGUGACUCUCAAUUACCCACUUAAAUCUGCAGAGAACAGCUCCCACGAAUCCAUAAUGAAACAUGCCUGCUCUUCUUUCACCUAAAUUUGACUUGUUUACACACCAACACCUGCUGUUGACUUCAUCCCUUAGCCCUGUACCUGAAAAGGUAUUUUCCAAUUGCCUGAAUAUUCCUUCGAGGCCUACAUAUGCUGUUCCAAUUAUAACAAGUCUAACAGCUUUUCUCCUUUCAUCAAGCAAUUUGAAUGUUCACAGCCUCUACCCUCUCACUUUUAUCCUGUCCUGUUCCUCUUCAUUUCUGAAAACUGCCUCGAGAGUGAACACUAUUAUCGCUCC